AUGUUUGUUUUUUCAAUUAUUUUUAUUUGGCAGACCUGGCUGGAACGUGCUGACGCCGGUCGUCUGCUUUCUUUUGACGAGGCCUCCGCUUCUGCUCUUGACUUGGCUGACUUAUUCCGACCGUCAUCGUUCUUAAAUGCUGUUUGUCAGGAGACGGCCACUCGUCUUCGCCUGGCCAUGGAUCAGCUUGUGUUGGUAGUAACUAACUGGGCGACCAUCAAGCAGAACCAUCUGGAGGCAAGAUCCAGGCUUGGCGAAUCUUCACUAUCUUCUGAUAAGGCUCCGCUGCUACGCAUUACUGGACUUCAGUUAGAGGGCGCUCUGUUCGAUGAGCAAACUCAUCGACUUACCGGCACUAAGGCCGAUUCGCCUACCCUGACGACCAUACCAGAUGUCUUCAUAGCAUGGGUGACCUCGGUAAAAGCAUGCAUAAGCUAG